AAACACCACCAAACGAACGGUUGGAUAGGUCUAGCUCCCUGUCGCACCUCGUACUCCUCGUAAGUGUUAGUUGGAUUAGAACCAGACGCCGGCAAAGGAAGCACAUAAAUUGGGCAAAAAUGGCGAAUUCGCUGUGUGCGGUGUGCUUACUUUUACUCCACAUUUGCUUGUCUGUGCUCGCUGGGCGGGAUUUCUACAAGAUCCUUGGCGUUCCCAAGACAGCCUCAAAAAAUGAGAUCAAGAAGGCGUACCGUAAGUUGGCCAUGCAGUAUCAUCCGGACAAGAAUCCAGGCAACGAAGAAGCAGAGGAAAAAUUUAAGGAUCUAGGAGCUGCGUAUGAGGUGCUGUCAGAUGAUGAUAAGAGAAAACAGUACGACAGACAUGGAGAGGAAGGCAUCAAAGAAUCACACGGACAUGGUGAUCCUUUCUCAAGUUUCUUCGGCGAUUUUGCACAUUUUGGGUUUGGGGGUCAUCAACGGAACCCAGAGACCCCACGAGGUGAUGACAUCACUGUGGACUUGCCUGUGUCUUUAGAGGAACUUUACACCGGCAAUUUUGUAGAGGUGGCUAGAUAUAAACCAGUAGCCCACACAGCGCCGGGUACCAGGAAGUGUAACUGCAGACAAGAGAUGCGAACGCAGCAAUUGGGACCAGGGAGAUUCCAAAUGACGCAGCAUGAAGUAUGCGACGAGUGCCCACGAGUCAAGCUGGUGAAUGAAGAGAAAUUACUGGAGAUAGAGAUUGAACCAGGAAUGCAAGACGGUCAGGAAUAUCCAUUCCUAGCUGAAGGAGAGCCACAUAUAGACGGUGAACCUGGCGACCUCCGAUUUAGAAUAAUCGCAGAAAAGCACGAUCGAUUUGAAAGACGAGGCGAUGACUUGUAUACAAAUAUUACGAUAUCCCUCAGCGAUGCACUAGUUGGCUUUACAAUGGAAUUUCCACAUCUUGAUGGCCACAAGGUCAAAAUUGUACGAGAAAAAAUGACUUGGCCAGGUGCCAAGAUGAAGAAGCAAGGAGAGGGAAUGCCGAACUACGAGAAUAACCACGUCAAAGGAAUGCUCAUAAUCACAUUUGACGUGGAGUUCCCUAAAGGAGACAUGACGCAAGAACAGAAGGAAGGUAUAAAGAAAAUACUCCAGCAAGAUUCCAAACAAACAAUUUACAACGGUCUCCAAGGUUACUGACCCUGACUCUAGCUGCAUAGUUUAGAUACUUCAAAUUUGUGUUAGUACUUUGAGCAUUGGUGGAUUAGUGAAAACCAAAAAACAACAAGCACAUAUGCAAACUUGUGUUGUUAACAUGUGUCAUAAACGUCCUUGUCAAAUUUGUGUGAAAAAAAUUCAUGUGACAAAUUCAAAUUCAUUGUAAACAUUCAAGUGAAAUAUUUCUAAAGUUCUUACAAAGAGUGUAAAUACUUUGUCAACCCUUUGUCAACAAGAGACCUUUAAAAAAUAUUUUGGAAAAACUAUUGGGGUCUUCUUCACUGCUGCUGAUUAUUUACUUUUUCUUUCAUUCUGCAUCAAAACAACAAUAGCUUUUGGGAUGCUCUGUGUUUCAGUGGGUGUAUUUUAUUCCGAUCAUUGUAAUAUUAGUUUGAAUUGGCACUUUUGUAAGCAGGACCUAUGGUACUUUCUGGCGGAUAGGUGUUUAUUUUAAAGUUAUGCAAGGCUCAAAUAUCGUGGAUUUUCACAAUUCGAACUCAUCCAUUGCUUUGAAAUGCUACCCGGACCAAAUUGACAAUUUAUCAGGCUUUGAAAAUACAAGUAUAUUGAAAUGUUGUAAUGCUUUAUCAGCAUUUGGAGGUUAUUUUCAAUUGGGUAGGUGUGUAAGUUAGGAAGAUUUAGAUUAAGCCACUCUGAAGACAGCGAGGAAACAUUUUGCAAUUUUCCUAAAAUUCUCAGAAAAUGUACUUUACGGAAACAACUUAUUUUGUCAAUUAUUAAUUGCCACCUUUUUUAAAGUCAUAAUGCAACCAACAGGAUUUGUUUCAUUUUUUAAUGAUUUGUAUUUAUCCUUGCUAAAGUACAGAUAUUGACGUAAGUUGAUAUGAUUUCUUCAUUUACAUUUUGGGUGUUUUUUUUAACAAGAAAAAAUAGGUAAAAGAGCUUGAAGGCAAUGUAUUUUGAUUUGAAAGAUUCCCAAAACAAAGACAUUAAAUUUUACAUGAAAAUAAG